AAUUACUCAGCAGUUGGAGGACACGCUUUUUCAGGCACAAUUCCCUAACGAAGAGAUUGCUUUUGUAACACCACGGAUGAUUGUCUCUGUUAAAAAAAAUUGUACGUCCAGUUCUUCAGACUUAACGUUUGGGUCAGACUUGGAAAACGCAUUUUACAAUGUAAGAACUAUUAAGAACUUAGCAGCUGAGGUCACCCUGCCUUCUGAAGUUUUUAAGAAUGUAACAAAUGACACUAAAUCACUCUUUGCUGCAAUCUGGAAUACAUCACUAUUUCAGGACAGCAACCAAACCAAAGUGAUUGAUGGAUUAGUUUUUGGUGUCGUAAUACAAAAUGCAGUUGUUACCAACCUCAGGCAACCUGUGGUUUUGAAGUUCAGUCCCAGAGCAACCUUAGUAAAUGCCAAUUUAAAAUGUGGUUUUUGGAGUCAAGGAUCAAAUGAUAUUGGUGGCUGGAAUCGAACUGGCUGCAGCACCUUAGUGGAGAAUAACUUAGUGGUUUGCAGCUGCACUCAUCUCACUUAUUUUGCUGUCCUAAUGGCUCCUGAUGAAACUGUAGACGCAAACAACAAACAAAUCCUCACAUACAUCACUUCUGUUGGCUGUGGGAUAUCUGCUUUUUGUAUGACUAUCAUCAUUUUGGUGCACCCUAUGUUUGUGAAAAAGCCUUCUUUCCGCCAGUCCUGGUUCAUCCACCUCAAUCUUGCUGGAGCCCUGCUCCUCCUGAACGUGGGAUUCCUCUGCAGUGCUUCUAUACCAGCUAUUCUGAAUAUUUCCUGGCUUUGUACCACCACUGGCCUGGCCCUGCACUUCUCCCUCAUCUGCUCUUUCACUUGGAUGGCCCUGGAAGCCUUUCAGAUGUUUCUGCUAUUAUGGAGACCAUUUACCACCUACAUCAAACGUUACACUCUUAAAGCUUGUCUUGUGGGUUGGGGUGUUCCUGCCCUGAUUGUGCUAACAAUUGUUGCAGUUAAUAAGAAUUUUUAUGGCCCCUCGCAGAAUGACAUGUGCUGGAUCACAAACCAGUCUGUUCAGUACUCCUCUGUGACUGGAUACUAUGCACUAGUGUUCAUCUUUACCACAGUUGUGUUCAUUGCUGUUGUUUACAAGAUGUUUCAGAUAAAGCUGUCAAGCAAUUCUACAGUCAAACGGGAGAGUAACAUCUGCAUGUUCAUAACUACUUUUCUGGGACUUACUUGUCUAAUAGGGACGACCUGGGGACUGGGUUUUUUCUUAAUAGGAUCUCAGAAUUUACCAGUCCAGUAUUUAUUUACAAUCCUAAACUCCUUCCAAGGCUUCUUCUUAUUUAUAUGGAUUUGUUGUCAAUGGAAUAAAGGAGUUACAUCAUCUGAAGACGUCAAGUUAGAACCAGACACUACUCAUGUUUAUUCAAAUAAACUUCCAGAUGGUCAGGUUGCUGAUGUUCCUUAAACUUGGAAGGACACACGUCUUCUGCUACUUAUAUUCCACUUAGCAGUUUGUCUUAUUUUUUUUCUCAGGAAUUCAGAAUGAUAUGAUAUGUUAUAAUAUUUAAUAUUAAUAAUUUUAAUAGAAAUAGCAAGUUUAUUCUUUAUACAGUAUACCAUAUGCAGUUACAUGGAAAACACUCCCCAAAAGGAAAUGAACAGAAUAAACUGAAUUCAUGAUUGACAUGAUUCAA